ACCCAACCCCUCCCAAACAAACACUGACAACAAUUCAAAACAACUUUCAGUGUCGGAAAAGUAGGCCUCAGCGGCGAAAGACCGUGUCAGUAGCGCACCGCGCCAACCGUCACGGACACCAGAACCGAAAAUUUUGUCAUCGAAUACGCAAUCGGCAUCCGAGGAAGACGUCGUCAUCACCAAACGUAACCGCGAGGUUUGAUAACUUGGCAACUUUCUCUCGGCGGGAAGCUCGCCAAUCCCAUCGACUCCGCUUCAGACGACGGAGAUCGGCCGCCUCGAACGGCACGCGCCCGCGUUUCGGCUCCGCAACCGUACGCGAAAUUAUACGAUAACCGAAAUAUUCGAACAGCAGCGGCUGAACGUUUAGCGCUGAAUCGGAAACUAGUCGUGUUCUCUACUAUUUUGAAAUUUGUUGGUUUUUAAAUGUUUAUUGUGUGAUUUGUUUACGACUGACUGUGCCAUCAUGGGAUCCACGGAUAUAUUAAGACGGAGUCUGUUGCUUUUAACGGUCGUGUUGUCAGCCCGCGCACACGCACAGAAAAGCAAAUCUGACGACAGCAACAUACAAGCAGUGCCCAGCGAUCUAAGGCGGGCAGUUAGCGAGGCACUAGCUCUAGAAAGGCGGUUCCUGAACGGUGCUAAUGAUGUCCAGAACUGCUCAUCUGAGGAGGAUGGCAGCAGCACCCCUUGCCCACCUAGCAAGUACCGGAGCCCGAGCGGCGAGUGCAACAACGUGCGCCACCGCCCCUGGGGACGACGGGGCGAUGUCUUCUUGAGGCUAAUGCCCCCAAACUAUGCUGACAAAGUGUCAACACCGCAAUCGCCCUCCCACUACCCGGAGCCGAUGCUAGCGGUAGCGGCGGUGACGCAGCUCACUCGACCCAUGGACCACGACUAUGUGACUAGUAUGCUGGCGGCGUGGGGACAACUCCUCAUGAACGACCUGCUAUCUACCGCUAACGGGAACAAGGAAUGCCAAGGCCCUCCGUGCGAGUACACCCGCUCAGCGCCCGCCAGAAACAUCGAUUCAUGCGGUUUUGAGUACCGUGACCAGAUGAACUUAGCAACUGCCUUCCUAGACGGGUCGGCGGUAUACGGCAGCUCAGAGAAGGAACUGAGAUCCCUGCGCCUGUAUGACGCCGGGAAACUUGACAUAGACUCGUGCAGGAAAUGCAAAGACAGUACACCCACAGCGCCGCUUUACAAGGCGUUGGUGGCCGAACACAACCGCAUAGCUGGCGAGCUGUACGCUCUCAACCCAUUCUGGGAUGACACCACCUUGUUCCUCGAGGCCAGGCGAGCGGUAGCCGCCAUCAUUCAACAUAUCACUUACAACGAGUUCUUGCCAGUGCUACUGGGCGAGGUGGGAAUGGCGAAGGCUGAGUUGAAGUUACAGUCGCUCGGCUUCUGGCGCGGGUAUUCCAGUGCCAACCGCGCCGGCGCCUACACCGAGCUGGUUGCUGUGGCGCCCAUCUUUAAAGCAAUGAUGAACCAGAAACUGAUCAACUCCACCGUGUCUUUGGAGCACUUAGUGAAAACUAACGCUCAAGGCGUAUCCCAUUUCCCACCGUCUGCGGUGUGGGACCUUUACCGCGCGCGUGACCAUGGAGUUGCUUCGUACUUGAGGGCAUUGAGAAUGUGCGAGCCCACUGCUUCCGUGAAGACCUUCGGCGACUUCGAGAAGAUGGGCUUCGAUAGAACACAGCAGGAAAUGAUUGCUGACAUGUACAGAAAUGCUGAAGAUGUAGAGCUCAUGGUUGGUGGAGCGAUGGAGAAGGCAGCGACGGGUGCCGUAGUCGGGCCAACUAUUGCUUGCGUUCUAGCUCUACAGUUCGCCAACUUGAAAAAAAGUGAUAGAUUUUGGUAUGAAAACGACAUCCCGCCUUCGUCGUUUUUGCCAGAACAACUAGGAGCCAUUAGGAAAGUUUCACUGUCGGGGCUGUUGUGUGCCGCUGACGAGUCCUUGAACAACAUUCAGCCAAAGGCUUUCGUCAAGGAAGACCCGUACUUAAACGCGGCCCAACACUGCAGUCAGCACAGUCGUCUAGAACUUUCCGCUUGGAGAGACGAAAGCGGCGCCAAAGCUGCUGAAAGAUUAUCUCAGGAUAUGGUCACCGCUGCUCUGGAGAAGGCCAAGCAAGAGAUGGCGGACAGGAAGCGACUGGAGUAUAUGCUUUGGGAAUCAAGUGGCGGUGCAGAUCCCAAGUCUCCCGUAGGAACCGCGGCCUCGUUCUCCAAAGCCAACAAAUACGCAUUGAAACUCGCCAACACUUCCCUCUUCUUCGAGUUUGCAACCAAUGAACUGCUCAACACAAUCCACGGAAGCCAUCGAAGAAAGCGUCAAGUCUUCGAUGACUCCCUGGGCUUCGGCACUUCCGACUUCGUGGACUCUUUGCAAUCUGUGGACGUAACCGGAUUCCUAGGGCAAGACCUGGGCCCCACCAUCGAGCCCCAAUGCGACGACACUGGAAGCUGUGACCCCGACAAUCCGUUCAGAUCCUACACAGGCUACUGCAACAAUUUGAGGAAUCCCAAUUUAGGGAAGAGUUUGACCACAUUCGCUAGAUUGCUACCCCCCGUUUAUGAAGACGGCGUUAGCCGUCCCCGUAUCAACUCAGUGACGGGCACUCCCCUGCCGUCCCCUCGUAUAAUCUCCACGGUGAUCCACCCGGACAUAUCGAACCUGCACACCCGCUACACUCUCAUGGUGAUGCAGUUCGCGCAGUUUGUAGACCAUGAGCUCACUAUGACGCCCAUACACAAAGGUUUCCACGAAUCGAUUCCCGACUGUCGCUCCUGCGAGUCCCCGCGCACCGUCCACCCGGAAUGCAACCCGUUUCCGGUGCCUCGAGGGGACCACUACUAUCCCGAGGUCAACGUCACAUCUGGCGAACGACUCUGCUUCCCCUUCAUGAGGAGUCUGCCGGGACAGCAGCAACUAGGACCUCGAGAACAAGUGAAUCAAAAUACUGCAUUCAUCGACGGCUCCGUAGUAUAUGGUGAAAACCCUUGUAUCGUGCGUAAACUGAGGGGUUUCAAUGGCAGACUUAACGCUACCACCAACCCUUUUGGAGGAAGAGACCUUCUGCCUCGCUCUGAUAGCCACCCUGAAUGUAAAGCACCCAGUGGAUACUGCUUCAUAGCCGGUGAUGGAAGAGCCUCGGAACAACCUGGACUGACUGCCAUCCACACAAUCUUCCUUCGGGAGCACAACCGAAUCGUGGAAGGACUGAGAGGAGUGAAUCCCCACUGGGACGCUGAACUAUUGUUCGAACACGCGCGCCGCAUCGUAGCCGCAAAGUUCACGCAUGUCAUCUACAACGAGUUCUUGCCGAGGCUUUUGUCGUGGAACGCCGUUAAUCUGUAUGGACUGAAGCUGCUGCCCUCGGGUUACUACAAAGAAUACUCUCCUACCUGCAACCCCGCUAUGGUGACUGAGUUCGCAGCCGCAGCCUUCAGAAUAGGGCACUCUCUUCUGAGGCCGCAUCUUCCUCGCCUCUCGCCCACAUACCAGCCUGUGGAGCCGCCGAUACUUCUCCGUGAUGGGUUCUUCAAGCCUGAUAUGUUCAUGACACACCCAUCGAUGGUAGAUGAACUGAUGCGUGGACUAUCGUCCACUCCCAUGGAGACCCUCGACCAGUUCAUAACUGGCGAAGUGACCAACCAUCUUUUCGAAGAUCGACGCAUCCCAUUCUCUGGUGUGGACUUGAUAGCCCUCAAUAUUCAAAGAGGCAGAGACCACGGAAUACCCAGUUACAAUAACUACAGAGCGCUUUGUAACUUGAAGAGAGCCGCUACCUUCGAAGACUUGGCGAGGGAAAUUCCUGAUGAAGUCAUUGCAAGGUUAAAGAGGAUAUACCCAACUGUUGACGACAUCGAUCUAUUCCCCGGUGGCAUGAGUGAGAGACCCUUACAAGGUGGUCUUGUCGGACCCACAUUCGCCUGUAUCAUCGCCAUACAGUUCAGGCAAUUGAGAAAAUGCGACCGAUACUGGUACGAAAACGACAACCCAGCAGCGCGAUUCACCGAACACCAGCUGGCUGAAAUCAGAAAGAGUACGCUGUCGAAAAUGCUUUGCGACAAUUUCGAUAUUCCUGGAGACAUACAGCGGGCAGCUUUCGACUUACCCAGCAAUUUCUUAAAUCCUCGAGUACCUUGCUCGUCACUGCCGCAACUAGACCUGUCUGCGUGGCGGGAGAGCUCAGCACAAGGUUGUCUCAUAGCUGGGCGAUCAGUUGCAGUCGGGGAAUCUGCCUUUCCGUCUCCUUGUACGUCGUGCAUAUGCACAGUGGAAGGGGCGCAGUGUGCAUCGCUGCGUAUAACGGAUUGCGCGCAACUGUUGCGCGAGUGGCCCCGCGAGGCUGUGGCGCGCGACGACGUGUGCGCCGCCCAGUGCGGGGCCGCCGCGCCCGUCGCGAGAGCGCCUAGAAGACCCACUAUCAACUUCAAGUUUCCAGAUCUGACGCCGUUCAUCGCAAAGUGAAUUCACUCCGAGUGAAGUCAAUCAUAAGACUUACCGCUGUAACGUAAACAUUUAACUAUUUAAAUGUGUAACAGAAACAACGAAUAGCGGAAAUGCGGACAUUCCAACAAAUAUUGUAAGCUUGUUGAGUGGUGAUGACGCUCGGCGUGCCGCUCAAUUUCAAGUUCCCAGAUCUGACUCCGUUCAUCGCCAAGUGAAUUCAACCAUACACUAUGUAAAUGUAUAAAAAAAAGACACUCGACAGACAUUCCAGUAAAGAUUGUAAGAGUUCUAAUAAGAUAACGACGUGUGUGCCAUGCAGUGAGGGGCCACCGCACGAGCGCCCAGGCGACACACUAUCAACUUCAUUUCCCGGGGGUCAAUCGCCUAAUGGGAUUGCUAUAGCUAUCGCUAUCGCUUACGAUUUCAAUUUGUUAUUUCUGACCACCGACUAUUUUCAAAUGUUUCGCGUUCGUCUUUUUUCUUUUGCAUUGGUAAUAACAAUAUCAAUGAAAAUGAGCGUGAGGUAUUUGAAAACCUUCAGUGGUCAGAAAUAACAAAAUGAAAUCGUAAGCGAUAGCGAUAGCCAAAUCAAUUCCGUUAAUCAAUUGACCUCCUGAUCUGACGCUGUAUAUUGCACAGUGAAAUAAAUCAUAAGCCUAAUGGUUUAUUGUAACGAUAAUAAUGUAUGUUAAAAACACCGGAUAGCCAAAACACGGUCAUUUUGUAAGAGUUUUUAUUAUGUACAGCUUUGCUUAGUGACGACCGCCGCUUAACUUCAAGUUACCAUACCUGAUCCAUGCACUAGUAGAGUUACCAAUAAGCUAUUUUGAAAGUUCAGAAAAAACAAAAUACCUUGAUUUACCUUAAGAAAAUCCUGUUAUGUGCAGCUGUGGGUGCUUUAUUUAUAAAAAAAACUAUUGUUUUGCCCCCUGUAUAUACGCCAGUAAAUAAAGGCGCUGGCAACUUCAGAUUACAGGACCUAAAUAGAACGCAUGUGUUCUUGACUCACUGGCUUACUUAGGGAGGGACCUAAGUAUCAAAAAUAUGGUCAUCACAAACACAAAGGACAGUUAACAGAAUCCCUCAUUUCUCCAACUUUCCCGAAUAACAUUUCUAUAUUUAUAGCGCAAAAUAUGUUGAAAAUGAGCCUUAUUCGAUUGGAGUAAGGAAAUUAUUUUUACAGGAGAAACGAAUCUUAAACGACGUAAGACAGUCAGGCUACACAAAACUGCCAAACUACAACUGACUGUGAGCUUUAAAGUGCCUAAGAUAAAAUUCACAGUCUAUUGGGGUGACAGUUAGUGGGAACUUAAUGUGUGGAUGUCUGCCUGAAAGAUACAGAAUGUCUUGCGAUGCCAUUUUUGAUACGUUUCUUUAUGGGCUAUAACCGGUUUCAUCCAAUUACUAAGCGCGGGACACACCGAGAGCGAAUAGAGGUACAUUUCUCGCUGCUAAUACUGCCAAAUGUAAAAAUGAAGCAAAUACGUGAUAGGAACGAAAUGAAUCUCGCGGUGUAGCGCUUUAGGAUAGUUAAAAUGAGAAAGUGUAGAAUGUGCUUUAUUUAUAGUCCUUGUCACAAAAUGAAAAUCAACUUUAACCGGUUUUAAGUGAACAUCAAAAUAAUACUAACAUAAUAAUUAUCAUAAUAAAAUGGAAUUUGAUGAAUGAAUGAUUCCAAAUAAAUGUAUUUAAGUUUGUAAUAGUAAUCUCUGGUUACCAAAAAUGUACCGUACACAUGAUUUGCCCAUUGAAAAAGGACAUCUUUAACAUAAGAGUGUAGAUAAUUAUUAGAUUUAUAAGUCAUAUAGAGUAAGGUAAAAAAUGUUGUCCUUUUUACAGAUUUGGUGCAAUCUACAAAAUAAAAAGGAUUGCCUUAAGGAGGCAGAUGACCAAUUAAUGUUUAUUUAUAAAAAUAAUCUGGAAGUCGGUUUUAUUUAAUCUCCUUUUAUGAUAACAUUUAAUGGUUGUGUAAUGUUAUAAGUGAAAUAUACUCUGAAUCUUCGUAACAUUUUGUAAGCAUUUAUAGCCAUCUUUAGCUUUAAUUGAUGAGGAGACGGAAUAAGUGUAAUUGUUCGCCAAUGUACUGUUAUACCAUAAACAACAGUAUUAUCCAUUCAUAACUACUCAGUGUUACCAUAACAUAAAAUGAAUGUUGAUUUAAAUGAGUCUUCUACUGUUUGUUUUUACUGCCCCGACUACCUUAGCUUUCUAAAUUAUUUUUGUAAAAUAUUGGCAUAAUUUGUAGUUUUAGUUAUAAUAUUUUAUACAGUAAAAAUACAAAUCUCACCUAGUGACAAAAAUAUGAAUAAACAUUUUUGUAAUAUUUAAUUUUGGUUUCAUUAUAGACUUAAUAAGUGACUUAUUCCUUCCAAUUAGAAUCUACAGAGAUUAAAACUAUAAAGACGACUAAAUACGAGCCAAAAAAAAUGUCGGGCGUCUUCCGCGGAAUCCUUUAUAACUCUCGAGAAUUCCUCUAUCUUUUGGCUCUUAUUGUGUAUAUUAUACAAUUGACAUAGAGUUCAUAAUGCUAUGUAUAAAUUCCUUGUAAAAAUUCUCGUCCAUUUCAUGCCGCGGCGGUAUGAAUUGAGGCAUAGACUGCAAUCUGCGGUCGUUCUUACAGUGACAAAGCAUAUACAGUGCGAACAAGAUCUCGUGGAACUUAGAUGGCAUUGACAGGAGGGCGCUACUGGUGAUUAAGUGAUGUAAUGAUUACAAAGUACAUUAAUUCUCGUCACUAAAGGGAACGUUAUACUUUAUAACUCGGAAAGAAUAAUAGAAAACAUAUAAGGCUUAUUUACACCUUCCUAUAGAGGGUGUAAAAAAUCCUAUGACAAAGACUAAAACUACGCAUUCUGUACACUCAAACAAGUGAUAUUACAAAAUAUUGUACGUGGGAUUCAUUUGUAUUUUUAAGUUUAUAAAAAUACAAAAAAAUCAAGUACACAAUGUAUAGCGCGGCGCACUACUGUGGCGCUACGCAAAGAAUGUGCCUGUGUGUAUGUGUGCGUCGAUAAAAAAGUUUCUAAAUAACGCUUUGAAAAUAUAAAUGUAAAAAACUUAAAAAAAAAUGUGACUUUGACCUUCAAUAUCUCCUUAAGCAUAAAUUUCCCAGGUGUGGUCCAGAAGAAAAAAUUGACCGUCAUGAUGUGGAAAAUACGUGGCAUACUUCGUUAAAGGAUUUUUUACACUCUGUAUAAAUAAGGCUUAUUUAUACCUACCUAAAAUUAGUUCCGAUUUCGGCCACGCACCACAUGUUCUUGGUCGCACUGUAAACUUAU